CUCACGCAUGCGCUGGCGGGGCAGGGAGUUGGAGCGUGGGGUGGCGGCCGGCAGGAUGGGGCUAAGUGUGCGGGCCGUUUUCUUUGACCUGGACAACACGCUCAUCGAUACGGCGCAGGCGAGUAGAAAAGCCAUGUUGGAGGUGAUAAAGCUCUUACAAUCAAAAUACCAUUAUUACAAAGAAGAGGCUGAAAUCAUCUGUGACAAAGUUCAAGUUAAACUCAGCAAGGAAUGUUUUCAUCCUUCCAAUAUCUGCAUCACUGAUAUAAGGACUUCACAUUGGGAAGAAGCAAUCCAGGAAACAAAAGGUGGUACAGCUAAUAGGAAAUUAGCUGAAGAAUGUUAUUUCCUGUGGAAAUCUACACGUUUACAACAUAUGACAAUAGCAGAAGAUGUCAAAGCCAUGCUCACUGAACUUCGAAAAGAGGUCUACCUACUUCUGUUAACAAAUGGAGACAGACAGACACAGAGGGAGAAGAUCGAGGCUUGUGCCUGUCAGUCUUAUUUUGACGCUAUCGUUGUAGGUGGAGAACAGAAAGAAGAGAAACCAGCACCUUCCAUAUUUUAUUACUGCUGUAAUCUCCUUGGAGUACAGCCUGGGGACUGUGUGAUGGUUGGUGACACACUAGAAACUGAUAUACAAGGAGGCCUCAAUGCAAGGCUGAAAGCAACAGUCUGGGUAAAUAAAAAUGGAGUAGUACCACAAAAGUCAUCUCCCAUGCCACAUUAUAUAGUUUCUUCUGUGCUAGAGUUACCUGCUAUUUUACAAAGUAUAGACUGCAAAGUCAGUAUGUCAGCUUCAAGCACAUAAAAGGGCAUGAUUAUGUAUUUUACAGCAUUCAAACUAAAAAAAUUUAAGACAUUCUAUAUACUAUGACCCAGUUCCAAGAAUAAUUUUACUUAUGAUUUAAUAGCCAACCAACCAUUUAAUGGUAUUUACAUCUGGUGUUCAGAAUACAAGUUAGUUUUAGUAGUGUGAUCAAGAAAACUUGAAGAAAUAUGUUAUUCUGUGACUUGAGGUUUUUUUAAAAAUUACUUUAUUAAUUUUUUAGCAUCUGGGAUCCAAGAUACCAAAUGGGAUAGCUUAUACAUGGAUGCACAAAUACAGGUUUUAUGUUCUGGCUUAAAAAUACACAUUGUAAAUCAUAUAUAAUAGAGAUUUAUCAGAACAACUAGAUCUAGUUAAUAUAAAGUAAAUAUCAAAUCACAUGCAAAUCAAAGGCAUUUCAAAAUGAGAUUAUUUUAUGUAUUUUUAAAAAAUACAGUCCCAUUCAUUUAUUUUAGCUUUUACUUCCAUUGCCUUUGGAGUCAAAUUCAUAAAAUGCUCUUUGAACCGAAGGUCCAUAACUUUA